UCGUAUAUAAGUGUAUAUAUAAACAUAUACAACGCCUUAGAUUUGACAUAUAGUAUCUAUCACAUCUUUAAGUAUGGAUGGUUGGAUGGUUUAGGCACAAUAUACACCUGUACACGGAUGGUGCAAUUGUUAUAUGCAAUUAAGAGUGGACUCCAUCCAAUGGAAUGCGGGGAGAGAGCAGAAUACUUAAAUACUACUUAGUAGGUACAGAAGGGAACCGCCUACAAAGUACAUCCCACACAUAACCCACAGUGGACACCUUGAUGAACUGGCGAGAACGAAGAAGGGCGUAUGAUCAAAUUGACCUACCUAAACCGGGCAGUUGUGAUCAUUCGUUGAAAGCAAACCCGUACCUGAUGGAAUAAAUAGUGAGACAAUUUACACCGCACCUUUACUAUUCUACCCUUUUCCCAAAAUGACGGUGAUGGCUACCAAAUUCACUCCAGAGGUGCUCCUCUCAGCUCCUCGCCGUAGCGCCGCGGUACCUAACUCCACUGGUACCCUUGCUUUGUACACCGUAUCCGAAUACUCCUUCGAGACGCAUUCUAAGAAAUAUGCCAUCAAAGUGUUGGACAUCAAAACCCGCCAGUCAACUCAACUAUUCGACAACCCAGCUUACAGUGAGCCGACAUGGCUUUCAGAGACUGAGUUCAUAGUCUUGAAAAGCAAUGAUACUGCCACGUCUGUCUUGGUGGCUGAUGCAGCCAAGCCGGAUAUAGUUCCGUACGAGGUCAUAGCCUUUACUGGCUCGCUCUCUAACAUUAAGGUGAAGGACAUCGGAAAUGGCACUAUAGCAUUUGCCGGCACGGGACCCAAGGAACAGCCUGAGUCCCCAGAUCCCCUAACGAGUGCCAAGGUUUACACGAGUUUAUUUGUGAGGCAUUGGGACUCGUAUGUACCCAAACACAAGCAAGGGCUCUUCUACGGAGCACUCAAGAAGGAUGGAAGCAAAUUCAAAUUACAGACCAAGGACCUUGUAAACGCCCUCCAUGGCACGGAAUUCGAGACUCCAGUACCACCUUUCGGUGACUCUAGCGACUAUGACAUUGGUCCGGCAGGCUUGGUCUUCGUGUCCAAGGACCCGGAACUGAAUCCGGCCCUAUAUACCAAGACCGACGUAUACUACAUCCCCCUCAAGUCCUUCACCGAAGAAAAGUCCCCUUUCCCCCAGCAAAUCAAAACGGGUAAGUUACAAGGCUAUGCGGGUACCCCCGUGUUUUCGCAUGCCGGAACACAGCUCGUCUUCAAGAAGAUGCGCAACCGGCAAUACGAAUCCGACAAGUGGCGCCUCCUACUCAUCCCCGAUAUCAAAGACCUAAGCAACGUACAAGAAUUCUACCGCACCGACGACGGCGAAGGCGCCUGGGACCGCAGGCCCGAAGGCGUGGUAUGGAGUAACGACGACUCAGAACUAUACGUCACAGCCGAAAAAGAAGGACGGCAAGUCCUAUUCAAACUCCCCUCAAGCCCACUCUCCGCGAAACAGCUUCCGGAGCAAAUCACCGAAGACGGUACCAUAGGUAGUUUCUACAACCUCUCAACAUCCGACAAUCGUCUAUUCUUCACAUCUACGAGUCUAGUCGAUAACUCCUCGUACUCGAUCAUCGACCCGCAAUCCAAGGAACUCGGCCUCGUAUCGUCGAGCUCUAAGGAGGGCAAAUCGUUCGGAUUGACGAAACGCCAGGUCGAUGAGUUUUGGUUUAAAGGUGCAGGGGAUUAUAAGGCGCAUGCAUUAGUUAUGAAACCUUCGAGUUUCGAUCCGAGUAAGAAGUAUCCGUUGGCAUUUUUGAUCCAUGGAGGGCCGCAGGGAGCUUGGGCGCAGAGUUGGAGUACCAGGUGGAAUCCGGCGGUUUUCGCGGAGCAGGGGUAUGUGGUUGUCAUGCCGAACCCGACCGGGAGCACGGGGUACGGUCAGGCGCUUACGGAUGGGAUUGCGGGGGAUUGGGGUGGAAGACCUUAUAACGAUCUGGUCAACUGCUUCGAACACAUCUCCGAUAACCUCUCGUACGUCGACACUAACAACGCCGUUGCCCUUGGGGCCUCAUACGGCGGUUACAUGAUCAAUUGGAUCCAAGGCCACCCCCUAGGCCGAAAGUUCAAAGCCCUCGUAUGCCACGACGGUAUCUUCAGCACCCUGAACAAUUGGGCAACCGAGGAACUCUUCUUCCCUAUCCACGACUUCGGCGGUAUACUAUGGGAAAAGCGCGAUAACUAUGCGCGUUGGGAUCCGGCUACUUUCGCCGGAAACUGGGCUACGCCGCAGCUCAUUAUCCACAGCGAGCUUGAUUACCGACUACCUAUAUCUGAGGGCCUAGCGGCGUUCAAUGCCCUUCAGGCACGCGGUGUUCCGAGCCGUUUCUUGACUUUCAAUGAUGAAAAUCACUGGGUAUUGAAACACGAGAACUCGCUUGUUUGGCAUAAGGAGGUGCUAGGCUGGAUCAACAAGUGGACUGGUCUCGAUACUGCGGGUUUAGCAGACGACACGAGGAACUUGAGUGUGUGAACUAAUCAUAGUGUACAUUGCUUACAACUCCCGAAGUAAGGCUAGUUAAGCGUGGAAGUACUUCAUUACCAAAGGAGGUGUGAAAAUCUUCUAGAUACCUACUGGGUGUUUG